AUGCCCACUCCAAAGGAAAUGGUCACCCCGGGGCACCCCAGUCCCUGGCCUUCAAGCCCCAUCAGCCUCUCUGAACACAAGUCUGAGGCUCCAUCACCCAAGUGCAUCCCCACACUAAUGAGAGGCCGCCUUGGAAGCGCCCACACCACACCCGGCCUGGUCUCCUUGCUGUCUGGAGGAGGCAGUAAUGGGAGCGUGCCCAGUGGUCUCAGCUGUCCAAGGGGCUCAGAGGCAGACAUGCAGCCCCCCAAGAAGGCUGCCCGGCCCUACGUUCCCUUGGGGACCCUGGAAGUGGACUUCCCGCCACUGCUCAACAGCUUCUGCACUUCUGUCGUGCCCACAGACCAGCCAUUCACAGCCCUUUCCGAUGGGUCCUGGGACCCCCCCACUCCACAACAGCAGAAGCCAGGGCAGCUGGAUGUGCAGCUCCGAGCCCAAUGUGCUUCCCGCAGCGACCAGUACCUGUCUGUGGAAGGGCCACGCUGGAUGCCUGCCAUCUGCCAGGCCACGCGCUGGAAGCUCACGCCGAUGGGCAGAGACGCGGUGGGCCAGACCUGGUACACGGGCCUCACCAACACCGACCCGCGGGAGGCCUGGUUUAACUUCCCACGCUGCCUGCACCAGCCCUACCGCGAGGCCUACACUCACUGGCAUGGCUGCCACAGUCACCAGGAGAAGAAAAUGCCCGCUGCUUAUACACAACGCCUCCGAGAGACUGCCUGGUAUGACCCCAUCCUGCCCAGCAAGUACCAGGACCCCAACACACAGUGGCGCAGCGUGCUCUGGAAGGACCAGCCCAUACGUGGCAAGGAGUUCGUGGCCGACAGGAACCGGUUCGGGGCUGAGUCCAGGCUGCUCGAGUACGUACCCCACCUGUCUGCGCCCCAGCGCCCACCAGGCACUUCCCAGGACUAUCGGCACUGGAACCUGCAACCCUACUGCCCGGCCACCGGGCAGCGGGCAUCCCCGGUCUACACGCCCUCCUGCUGA